UGGGCGUAGGUACCUGAAAUUAUUGAUUUGUUGACGCAUGCGUUUCGGAGGUCUAGAUUUAAGUUUUCGCGCACCGCGCAGGCCGCGCAGCGUCAUUGCAGUAUGCCUGCAUUCGAUCAAUAGCCAGUUAUUACACUGCAGGACGUCGUAAAGCUCCUUAAAUUGUGAUAAAUCACCGUCGUUUCCCAUCUUGUCUUCGUCGCGCCUAUCUACAAUGGAUCCCCAACCCCACGAUUUGGUCACCUGCCCCUACAACCCUGCACAUCAGGUUGAACAGUACAGGAUGCACGUGCACCUCAACAAGUGUAGUAGGCAACACGUUAAGAGUGGCAAGACGACUUGUCCGUUCGAUGUCACCCAUGUAGUAGACGAAGUUGAAUUAGAUCAUCACGUCGCGAUAUGCCCCAAGCGCGGAAUGUUGGACACCCAGGUGUAUGUGACGGACAACGACCACCGGCCGGUAGUCCCUGUCGUACAGCUGCCUGCUCCGGAGAGCAGCGAUGAUUGGGAGAACGAUGCCCAGACAAGCUUCGUGCCGGAUCCUUCGAAGAAGCCCCAUGUUAUCCAGAAGAUUAAGGGCGCUACUGCUUCUGAGCGCAAGAAGGCUCGAGCUCAGUUCACCACCCAGUACAAGCCUUUGGAGUAGGCUAUAAUAUAUACAGUAAUGUAUAUUUUGUUUUAUAUAUCUAACAACGACAUUGUAUGAAAAGUACUCGACAAUUACUCUGCUGUUAAAAAUUUAACUAUUAAAGUUAGAAAUUCGACCUAAAACUCAACAAAAUAGGGUUUUAAGUUGAUUUCUAAUCUCUUUUUGUAAUUUUUUUCACAUCUAAACGAUGUAAAUUAUUUUAUUUUCUUGUCUUUCAAAGAUUUUUUUAACGCAGAUGUCGCUCCGAGCGCUUUUGGCUACGCUGUCGUUGUGUUCACAAUCCAAUGUUACCGUUUUUUGGUAUUUUUAUUUUUUAUGUGAUGCGUGUGGAUAUCCGGUACUUUCAUAUCAGGUGUCGCUCAAAUAUUUACUUAGUUGUAGGGAUUACAAAGUGUAAUUUUGAAAAUUUUGAUCUUUCAAAGGUAGAUUUGUUCUUUCGUAAACGAUUAUUUAGUAUGGCCUAGUCAUUUAUGUAUAUGGCGUCUACGAAUAUAAAAAUUUAGUGUAAGAUUAAUGUUGUGUGUAGAUUCGAUUCCCAGGUCAUAUUUUAACGAUUCUUAUAACCUGGAAUCUGCAAUUUUCAAACCAAAUAUCAUUAUGACAAAUCUGAAUGACAUUUUAAAGUUUAAACUCAAUUUUUUUUAAUACAGUGUGACCAAAGCUCUAUAAAAAUGACAUGUAAAACAAUAAAAUUUUGUCUAUGUCUAAUGUCUAUUCGCGCAAAGCGAUUAUCGAUUAUCGAAUCUCGGAUUCGAUUCCUGAGUUUAGUCAAGUGAUAAAUUUGAUAUUGCCAAAAAUACUCGGGAUGUGAUCAAUGAAAUUCUGAGACUGGCAUGAAUAUUACGCCUUUUAUUCGUAAAGGUAUAAGCAGAGGAGUGAUUAAAGAUUAAAAACUAUAGGAUUCUGUAUUCUUAGUAUGAGUUUGUUUUACGUUCGCUUGGCGCUCUGAUUGGUUGGUUUAUUCGAGCCGGCCAAUCAGAGCGCCGAACGCGCUCUCAUUUCGAUGACUUUAAACGCAAAACUAACUCGUACUAUUGGUACUGAUAGUUACCUUAAAAUAAUCCAUAACAUAGUAUAUCUACUUAUCCCUGUAACGAAUAAAAAGCGUAAUGUUCAAGAUAAGCUAUUUUGGAAAACGUAUUUUUUUUUUAGUAUGAUAAAAACUAUGCUAAGUCAUAGGUCUUUUUUUAAAUUUAACCCAAUAUUUUGGGUAGGGGAUGGUCAUCCCAAUAUAAAUAUGUGAGUCUUUAAAUGGUCCCAAAAAUUGCGAAAUGGGAGGUAGUUUAUUUCUUUUCUAAUCAUAUUUUUCAUAGCCCGUGCCUUUAGUAUGAGUUUGCUUUUAAAGAACCGAGAGAGCGUCAAGUGCUCUGAUUGGUUGGUUUAUUCGAGCCGGCCAAUCAGUGGCAAACGCGCUCUCAUUUCGAUUACUUUAAACGUAAAGUAAACUCAUACUAUGGUACUGAUACUAUUAACUGAAAGAGAUGUAUUUUUAAAUAUGUCAAAAUAAACCGGGUUAAGUUUAAUUAAAAAUUUGUCGGUCGUAGCUUCUAACUUACACCUUUUGUUAAAAAACGUGAAUUUUCUACGAAAACUACCCUCCAUUAUGAAAAACUUUAAAAAUAUAGUUUUUUGUAGGUAUAUUGGCCUACCCGCUUUUACAUGGGACUAUGGGACUCGCAUAAAAAGCGAAAAUUAUUAUACUAUUUUGUAUUUUUAAAUAGGGGAUUUCUAAUCCCCCCUUAAUCCCCUUAGGGGUGUAAAUGUGAUCAAAACAUACCAUCCCCAGUGUAUACUCAUGUAAGUGGUAUAUACAAUGUCUUUAGCAAACCCUGCCCGAUCAAGAACGAGAAAUUUUUGAAAAAAAAUUGAUUUAAAAAAAUAAAAUUGUGAUUUUAAUGAAAUGUAUGACGGUGCUAAAAGGAUUUUCGAAAUUGUUUGAGUAAGAGCUACACUCAGAGACAUUUAAUGAUUACUUAAACUAUUCCUUAGUAUCGAAAACAAUCGCUAAGGACUUUUUUAAGUAAGCAUUAAUUGUCGGUUCAUAUCUGACGGAACAUGCGUCGCGUAUCAUCGGUCGCGUAACGCCAGAACAGACAAAUGUAUAGAAAAACAAUUGACCGUUCACACUCAACCGAUGAUACGUCAGUACGACCGAUGAUACGCUCGACGUAUUUUACGUCAGAUAUGAACCGACUCGAAUGGCUGAGUAAGGCGGUAUGUGAUAUAGAAUUUUGUGGUUAGUAACGCCGUUUGUAUGUGAAGCUGAGCUUGGGAUGUCUUAUAAGCAUCGAUUAUAUUCAUGUUUAUCGAAAAUAGGAGUAAUGCCUAUCUGCAUCUUCUAUGCAGUUAGUGAGUGGUUACUCUCUACCCCUUCAGGGUUGAAAAAACGUGACAAUACAACUUAUAAGUAGUAGGUUGUCACCUAACAACGUUUUAAAGCUAUUAAAAUAUAUAAAAACGUAAGUAAUGUCUUAAUUUACGUAAUAUAAACAUUCUACAUUGUUUUAACUUUAAAAAAAUUGGCAAAUGGAUGCAACAAUGAAUGUGAUAUUGGCUCCAACUUAGUUGGAAUAAGGAUAGGAAAGAUAAAGGUUGAAAAAUUUUUGAAAUUUGUAUUUAGGAUUAUAUAAGUCUUUCGACUUAAAUUUUUGAUGCUAUUGUCCAAUCUUAAAGGGCAUUUCGGAUGUUACAAUUUUUUUAUAGGGCGAUUAGUAUGUGGGUGUUCUAUUAUAGAUCAGUAAUCGGGGUUGGGAUCCAUUCGAUUCAAGCAAACCUAUUCAAAUCUAUCUAUACUUUGUCAAGAGAUAAAUAACUUUAUAACAACAUCUUUAAAGUUUCAAAUCUAUUAAAGAUUUGAGUAGGUUUCGAUGGUAAAUACUAAUAUGCAAAAUUUGACGAAAUUAUUAAUAAAAAUCAAUCAAUAAAACUUGUUUUUGUAGGUCUAAUAUUUGGAUUAAUUUUAAUUUUAAGACAUUGAGUUUAUAAUUGAGCUUAUUGUGAAAUCUCGAGGUUUUGUAAAACCUAAAAGGAAUUGAUCGGGCAGAGGUAGCUUUCUAAAACUAUGUGUUAGGAAUAUAUAAUGUAAUGUAAUCUAUCCGUUGACAUAAUGAAUGUAUGUGUGUCUAUAAAAUUGUAAAAUAAAUGUCUAUACUCAAAUAAAUAAAUAGAAUAAAGA